ACUCAGUCUGCCAGACAUGCGUGGCUCUGCAGUCACAGUGGAGCUGGCCUGCACCCAGUGGGGCUCCCUGCCACUGCCUGGAGUUUACUACUCCACAAGUCCCACCUCCCAUCACUCACAUGGCUCUGGUACGUGCUUUUUGCACCUGUGGGCCAUAGGCUGAACCCCACAGCCAGGGGUCCAGUGUGCAGCCUCAGCACAGAACGGGCCCUAGAGCCACUGCAGCUCACUGCUCCUCUCUGUUUACAGGAGGUGGACUGGGAGGUGGAGCUGGCCGUGGUCAUUGGGAAGAAAGGCAAGCACAUCAAGGCCACAGAUGCCAUGGCUCACGUGGCCGGCUUCACUGUGGCUCAUGACGUGAGUGCUCGUGACUGGCAAAUGAGACGCAAUGGGAAGCAGUGGCUAUUAGGAAAAACCUUCGACACCUUCUGCCCCCUGGGCCCUGCCUUGGUGACCAAGGACAGUAUAGCAGAUCCACACAACUUGAAGAUCUGCUGCCGACUCAACGGGGAGGUGGUCCAGAGCAGCAACACCAACCAGAUGGUGUUUAAGACGGAAGAGCUGAUAGCCUGGGUCUCCCAGUUUGUCACCCUUUACCCAGGGGACAUCUUCCUGACUGGGACGCCCCCAGGUGUUGGUGUAUUCAGGAAACCGCCUGUCUUUCUCAAGAAGGGAGAUGAAGUCCAGUGUGAGAUCGAAGACCUGGGGGUCAUCAUCAACAAGGUGGUGUGAUGGCCCCUGUGCAAGCCCCGGACCUAACACGAGCUGGAGACAUCCACUUCCAUCCGGCCAGGCACGGGGAAGGGCCUGGGACCAGACAUGGGCGGGUGCCAACCUCUCAAGGUUUCUCUAGGUAGGAAGAGGACAGAGUUCUCCUUAAUAAAUUUGUUGGAUGAAACAGCA